AUGAAGAAUGCCAAGGAGUACUGUGAGUAUCACCGAUACUACGGGCAUACAACGGACGCAUGUUACCACCUAAGGAACACAAUUCAAAGAUUCAUCGACGAAGAAAAAUUCACGGAGUAUGUGCAGAUCCAACCUGCUGACACAGAGAUAGCCCCGAAGAAAAGGGUAGAUCUACCUCAAGACGGCAAAUACAUCAACAUUAUUACCUUCUCUUACGGAGAGCAAGAAGAGCUGCUCGAAGAUAUCCUCGAGCUAGCAAGGAACAGAAGAAAGAUGGAAACACACAAAGUGUUUAAACUAAGUGGACCACCAACUACCACUUGGGAGAAACGGAUGGAUACUCCAUUGACAUUCUCAACAAAAGACGUAAACCAAGAAGUGGAGAUGCACAACGAUCCAUUGGUGAUCACCUUACCAAUCCAUGGGUGGAAUGUUACAAAGGUUCUCAUCGAUAGGGGCAGCUCAUUAAACGUGUUAUUUUAUGAACCAUACUUACGCAUGUGA